CCACAGCUACCACCAGUCACUAAAGUGACGAAGAAAGGGGAGAGAGAGAGAGAGAAGAGAGAGAGAGAGAGAGAGAGAGGGGGGCCAAUACUACCUGUCUGUAGGUGUUUCAAAAAUACACAGCGAUCACAAAACAACGACGGAUCUAUGUACAAAGCAUUCGUGACACACCUUAAUUACCACUCGGUCGACCUCGACGCACAAAAGGACAGCAGCGAACGACUCCUGUAUCACUACACAUGCUCUCGUUUUGCCAAACUUUUUGGAGGGGGCUUCAAGACGGAGGCACUCCUCUCUCUUCUGAUAAACACGGAUUAAUAAUAUAUACUCGCAUUUAUAAUCUCUGCAGACGUAGUCUCGCUAUCUGGGGUCAUGACCAACUCCGAAGAAAGCCGAGAACAUUUACAGGAAGAUUUGGUGUCCGGUGAUCUCGGCCUGGGGCUUGGCUUGAAACCAGGCGGGUUCAAACCAAACGCCAGUAGAACCGCUUGUUCUGCCUUGGGUACGAACAGUUGUUGUAAUGAGCAACCAGUUGCAACCAUGCAGAACUAUUCGAAUCGAAGCCCACCGUUUGUCCAGACUCACACCUGUUCUUUAAAUCAAGACAAUCCUCCGCAGUGUAGUGUCUGUAGUAGGUAUAUGACAAGUCAGCAAGUAACCGUAACUCAACCCCACAUGGAACACAUCAAGUCCAGAGACAGCACAACCCAACCAGUUACAUAUCAUGAAAGCUUAGAUGCUCCGAGACCAGCUUCAUUUCAACAUCCCAAAUAUCGGUUCCAGGAAACAUUAGCUCAUCUAUUACAAGGUCAUGACUUCUUGUUGCCAGGGGCAACUCAGCCGGUGAAUCAAGAACCAAGCAACUCUCAUGUAAAAAAGUUCCGUUUCAAACCGAAUCAAGAGAAAAACUAUGAGAAAAAAUUGAUAUUCAUGAUUCAGGAAGUUGAAGAAAUAAAGAUGGAAUUUGAAAACUGCCAACUGAGAUUGGAAUCAAAGUACGAAGCUAUUAGAAUAUUGAAGCAACAGAUGGAAACGUCUCGCAAAGAAAGCAGUAAUUUGGAGAAAAAGAUCAAAUGUGAAAAUAAAGAACUUGUCAAGGCAGUGAACAGUCUCCAGUUUGCAUUGGGUCUCCAAGAGACCACAUUGAUGGACAGCCAACAGACGUGGGCCCACAGGUUUGAUAGUGCUUGCAAUGAAAAUGCAAAAUUACUCAAUGCCUUGGAAAAACGAUCUGAAGAAUUACAGAAAGUCCUUUCACAGAAAAUGGCUAUAACCAGAGAAAGAGAUGAGUUAUUGGCCCUGCUUGAUGUCCAAGACAAGGUGAAGUAUGACCGGAUCCACUGCAAUCCAAUCGAUCGAUACAGCAGCUUCACAACUUCAGAGAUGGCUGUCCUGGGUGCUUGUAUAUGCAGGGGACAAAAGUCAGAGCCUUGUGGUUGUGCCUACUCAGCUGCCAAUAUGCACCGUGAAGUUCUCAGACUUCAACAAGAGUUGGAGCUGAGCCAACAACAGACACAGGACAGUUUCAUGAUGGCCAAUGCCUACCGCUAUGCAUUCGAAGAGCAAUUAUUCAGCUUCCGACAAAUGUUGAAGCAAAUCAAUGACUUGAAUUUAAAGAAAUCUUCCGCCCCAGUUUUGAAGCACAAAUCUCAAAACUCCAACGGAGGAAAGAAGGAAUCAGUUUUGGAUUUAUGUUCCAAUCUUAUAAGACAAUCUCUUCGGAAAGACAGUAAUUCAGAAAGUGGAAGUGAUUGUGAAAAUUUCAUCCAGGAACAAUACCCUGAUGUAGCUCAAGAUUUAGUUCAGAAUAAAUUGAAAGAACUCAAUAUUGAUUCCUUAAAACCUCCCCACCUAAUUACAGUUCUUCUUGAAAUGCUUCAAGAAAAGAGUGAGACUUUGGCUUAUCAGAAACUUGCCAGCAGAAUCUUAGCAAAUAAACUGAAAGAACUUGAAUCUGGCUUUGAGUCUUCAGAUUCACCAAAUGACAAAGAGGAAUAUGAAACAAAGGAGUUGCAAGUGCCAAGUUCCUAGCAAAACAUUAUUCUAUUUUCAUGCAAACCAGAGUUGACUCUAACCUCCAGUUAAUUAACAUAACACCAAAGUUACUAAUUAACACAGCAGAAUAUUAAUUUCUUUUUCAUUUCCAUUUGAUCUAAUUAUGGGAGAGAACCUACAUAUCACCUCUCAAGAGCUUCAUGCUAGCAAAAAGCUUUAGGGUUUGAACAGAAAUCAUUAAUGUCAUUUGUUUAUAUUCUUGCUGUGUGUUUUGUUAAUGUUUGUUUUGGGCUUUGCUAACACCUUGCACUGCUCUGAUAGUGUCUGCUCUCUGCUCUGAUAGUGUCUGCUCUCUGCUCUGAUAGUGUUUGCUCUCUGCUGUGAUAACGUUCUGUGGUUUAAGAACCAAUAAUUUUCAAACAUGUGUCCACUCCACCUUCUUCAACUGAAUCCAAAGUGACAUGUGCCGGGAAAGCUAUUCAAACAUUCUUUCCUUCUGACCACAGCCCAAAGAUGCUGACCUUUUAACACAGACCCAGUUUAAUUUUAUUGAGGAAAUGGUAGAAGAUUCGUGGCGGAUUCUCACAAGAAGUAACCUCAACUGACAUAGGUCAGAAACAUACAUACAUACAUACAUAUAUAUAUGUGUGUGAAUGUGCAUGUAUGAAUGUAUGUGCAGUUAGCUGAGUCAUUAGAGCAUUAGAUGGAAUAUCCCACAGUUUUUAUUCUGAUAGGCUGUGCUAUGAGUUCAAAUCCCGCCAAGGUCCACUUUGUCUUUCAUCUUCAUGGAGUCACUAAAAAUGUCCCAGUCGAGGGUGGUGGAUUCCCAGGACAUUACAAGAAUGAGGUCUUUGUUCUGGCUCUUUGCAUUCUGGGUCAAAUCAUACCAUGAUGUCUGAAAAGCACCGUCACCCACCCCACCCUCUAGCCUGUUGUGUCAAGUAAAGCAACUCCAGAAAACAGACUCCUGCCAGGAAUGGUUGGUGUCAGGCAGUGUCAAGAGAAAUGGGUCCUGUGAAAACAUGGAUGAAUAAAUGUAUGCCUGUGUAUAUACGUGUAUUAUAUAACCAGUGCUCUUUGAAGGAAAUCCUGUAUAAUAUUUGUUCAACACUGAUUUACAAACACUCCCCUGACACAUUCAGUGAGACAGGAGUGUUGACACUAAUAACCAAUGACAUUAUACUUUACCAGCUGUGAUAUUAAAUAAAAUAAAAAUAAAUAAAACAUAUAUGAAUAUAAAUACUAAUGUUGGUUUUUGUGAUGUCUGGUAAGUCAGAACUUCAAAGUUACUGUCAACCUACUAAAAAUUCAUAAAUAUGGUAUUUUGCUAAAAGUACCAUAUUUAUUGUUUAAAGUAUUUCACUUGACACAUAAACCAAUAUUAAUAUGAAUAAAAAUAUUGAUUUGCAACUGUGAAAAGAAGGCCAGCAUUUUGUAAGGAAAGGCUGUUGCUUGUCGUAUUAGCCCAAGAUAAUAACUGGUAUUUGUUUAAUCGACUCCAACAGAAUUAAAACUUAGAACACAGAGCCAAAGCUUAAUAGUAACACUCUACUGCUUCAGGCUUCAGCUCCACACUAACCUUGAUUAAUUAACAUAAUUAGUGUAUUAAAAAACAGGUGGCAAUUCAUUAGAGUUCAUAUAUUCAUAUGCUUGAAUAUUAAUUGCUCAUUAAUAAAUUAAGCAAUGAUAAUGUUGGUCUUUCCCUCUCCCACCCUCUCUUUCUGACUAUGUGCGUGUCUGAGCAAUGGAAAUAAAUUCAUAUAUUUAACAUAAAUAUGAGCAAGUUUCUAUUCCUUAAUGGUGUGAGCAUUAUGUUGAGUUCCAGAUGAAAAAUCAAUCCACAAUAUUGAUCCAAUUCUGGAUAUUUAUGACCCAUAAUGAAAGCA